UGGGUCUUAGACGAAUCGAACGCUGAUGUGUUACAAGAAUUUUACCCGUCACAAUUUUGUCGGAUGCGGUAACGUAAACGUAGCGGAGGUGGGUUUGAAGACAAAGUGUUCAAAGGGACACUGGAAGCGACCGGAAGUAUCUCUCUGAGAGCUAAUGGCGCCUAAAGGCAAAGUUGGUACUAAGGGAAAGAAGCAGAUUCUCGAGGAGAAUGAGGCAACCCUCAAAUUCUAUACAAGAGUCAUCCUGGGAGCUAAUGCCAUAUAUGCUGCUGUAAAUCUUUUGAUCUUCUACAAUUCAUCUAGUUUUGGGACAUGGCUGUUAUUAGCGUUUGCGCUUGCUGUGUAUGUUGGGAGUUACCGCUCCAUGUCCACGAUGGCCAAACCAGUGUUCGCUGACGAUGGAAGUCUCCUUGACGGAGGAAUAGACUUAAACAUGGAGCAGGGAAUGGCAGAGUAAGUGAUCAGACCACAUUAACAACAAGAACCCAGAGCAUAUGUUUAACAUUAAAGCUCAGUUUUUAA